AUGAGCACUAUCGCGCUUUUGCUGCUGGUCGCAUUCCUUCACACGGCGCAAGCCGUUAAUGACAACUAUUCACCAUACUCCGAUCCUCUCUUCGGCCUAUCGAACGAUGCAAUUCUUGUCAAGCGCCAAAAUUGCGACUCGGGAUACAACCCCUGCUCGAAUGUAGGAGCAGACACUGUUUGCUGUCCCUCAGACACAAACUGUGCUUUGGAUGAGGCCGGACAUGUCGCUUGCUGUCCGUUCAAUGCGGUGUGCACGGGAACAAUAGACGGAUCAAUCACAGGAACGUCGAGUACGACUAGUUCCCAGGGACCUGUGUUGGGAGGAACCACAACGUCGAGUACCACAGCAACGAGUUUCCCUGGAUUCACCUCCGAGACAACUGGAGUCGCUGGAGGUGGUUCCACCGUCCCCAACAACUUCUACCCUUUCAUCUACAUUCCCACGUCUUAUGCCAAUGCCGACCUAUGCAGCACCGCAUAUUCGAGCUGUCAAACGGCCUCCACAUCCUGCUUUGUGUCGCUUGCUGGCGCCAAUGGAGUGACGGUUUCGGGUCUCGGAGGGGGCAUAACGGUACAAGGAGCUUCGGGAACAAUCAUCAGCUCGGCAAGCAGCAUCUGCAGCUCGUUGAGCGCUCAAGGCUGUUACAAUCUGCAAGAAACUCAAUGCAGCAUAUUCGGAAGUGGUUCCGGAGUCACCCCGACGACAACCACGGGGUUUGUACAGGUCGGAAACGGUCCUCGACAGACUGCUGGCCCCGGAAUGCUUUAUGCGGCGGGAGCUGGAGCUGUCGUUGGCGCUGCUGGUGUACUGUUAUAA